AUGUCUGCGGCCCCAGAGCAUCUCCGCGAUGAGGGCACCCGUGGUCAAGUCGUGGUCGCUGGCGCAGUUGCUGGCCUAAUAUCACGUUUCUGUAUUKCACCUUUGGAUGUGGUGAAGAUACGUCUGCAGCUUCACUAUCAUUCCCUCGCCGACCCGCUUUCGAAACCUAUCCCAUCCAAAACACCCACCGGAAUCUACAUUGUCGCAAAGAACAUUCUACGACAUGAGGGCAUCACGGGAUUUUGGAAGGGGAAUAUACCCGCGGAAGGGCUAUACCUCAGUUAUGGCGCUGUGCAAUUCCUCGCCUACCGCAGCGCUUCUCAAGCAUUGGACAGACUUUCCGAGGAGGGUGACUUGAGGAUACCAGGAGCAGCCAAGAGCUUCAUCAGUGGUGCUCUUGCGGGAACUGCAGCAACAACGACGACAUAUCCCCUCGACCUUCUGCGGACGAGAUUCGCUGCACAGGGCACUGAGAGGGUUUAUGAUGGGCUGCUGGGAAGUGUUCGUGACAUUACGCGUACAGAGGGUGCGGCAGGUUUCUUCCGUGGUAUCAGUGCCGGUAUUGGUCAAAUUGUUCCCUAUAUGGGACUUUUCUUUGCCCUCUACGAAGGCCUCAAGCCCAGACUUUCAACCAUCCAUCUGCCUUUUGGAUCGGGAGAUGCCGUUGCAGGAGUUACGGCCAGCAUUCUCAGCAAGAGCGUGGUGUUUCCCCUUGAUACCGUGAGGAAGAGAUUGCAGGUUCAAGGUCCCAGUCGCAGCAAGUACAUUGGAGGCGCUCGAAUACCCGUAUAUGAACGAGGCGUCUUGAACACCAUCAAAACAAUACUAGCGAGAGAAGGAGCAAUUGGACUCUACAGAGGGUUGACGGUCAGUUUGAUCAAGGCUGCACCAUCGAGCGCCGUAACGAUGUGGGCCUACGAGCGAGCACUCAAACUCCUCAGAAGUUGGGACGAUCGCACGCAGGAUGCUCUGAGGUCAUAG